AUGCAAAAUAUUAAAGGCUGGCUCCAUAUCAACCCCAAAGCUGCUAAAGGAACGUUUGCCCCUAAUAAUAACGUCACAUUUUCAACUGCGGACACAUAUAAGAUACCUAGAGGUAGCAUAUUCCUACCUUCUAAUAUACAUGAAUUCUCUAAUUCUAAUUCAAACUCGCAUGGUUCUCAAACUGACAAAACUAAUUCUUAUUUUGUUGAAAAUACUCAAUAUACUUACGAUAACGUCACAACUGCUUCCACAAACGAUCAAUACCACUAUGCCAAUAAUUAUAAUAAUAAUAAUAAUAAUAAUAAUAAUAAUAAUAAUAACAACGAUAACAAUCUAGAUGCCUUAAAUAUUGAUCCAAACCUUGAUUUGGACCUUGGUUUCGAUUUCUAUUCUGGUUCUAGUUUUGGUUCAUCAUCUUCUGAAGCCUUUUCUCAUAAUAAGAAGAAUAACAGGCAGAAAAAGCAAACUCAAGCCAAAAUAAACUUCAAAUUCAAUGAGCAAUCUGAAUUAGAAAGUUAUACCUUAUUAGAAAAAAUCGGUAAGGGUGCCUUUUCCGUUGUCUACCGUGCAGCUCCAAUAAUGUCAUCGACGUCUAAAACUUCUUAUUUAUCUGAAGUCUAUGAAAAUGUUGCCAUUAAAGUUAUUAAAAAAGUGGAUUUGAAGGAUUCCACAUCAAAACUGGAUACCAAACAUUCCACAUCAAGGGAGCAAGUCCUAAAGGAAGUUUCUAUUCACCAACAAGCAUCUUCACAAUGUCCAGAAAUCGUUGAUUUUAUUGAUUUCAUUGAAACAAAAUCUUAUUAUUAUAUCAUUCAAGAAUAUUUGAAAGGUGGUGAAAUUUAUGAUGAGAUUGUAAAAUUCACAUAUUUUAGUGAAGAUUUGACACGUCAUGUUAUUCAACAAUUAGCUCAUGCGGUUAAACAUUUGCAUACAUUAGGUAUAAUUCAUCGUGAUAUCAAACCUGAAAAUUUAUUAUUUGAACCCAUUGAAUUGAUUCCAUCUCAAGUUCGUAAACUAAGGAAAACAGAUAAUCCAUUUACAAAAGUAGAUGAAGGUGAAUUUAGACCAGGCAUUGGUGGGGGAGGAAUUGGUAAAGUGAAAUUAACUGAUUUUGGUCUUUCCAAGAAACUAUUCAAUGAAACUGCUGAUACUCCAUGCGGUACUAUUAGUUAUGCAUCACCAGAAAUCAUUAGAAAUAAAUCAUACACAACAAAGACAGAUUUAUGGGGUAUUGGAUGUGUUCUUUAUACUUUAUUAUGUGGAUUCCCACCUUUCUAUGCUGAUCAAAAUAAAUCUAUUACUAGGAAAAUCCGUCAUGGAGAUUAUCAUUUUUUAGCACCUUGGUGGAAUGAGAUUAGCCCGGAAGCUCAAUAUUGUGUUUCAAGAUUAUUAGAAGUGGAUCCUAAAAAACGUUAUAGCAUUGAUGACUUAUUAAAUGACCCAUGGUUGAAUAAAUACAAUGAUAUUAUUCCUCGUAAUUCCAAAAUAUUCUCUCAACCAAAUCAUAAUUUUUUACAAGGCAGUUCUGGCGAGAAAAGAAGAUUAAUCGAUAGAAACAGUUUAUCUGAUAUAGGAUCUUUACUCCAAAACUCAAGUAAUAUCGGGACAAUAACUAUCCGCCAAAAUAACCAGCAUGAUGAUGAAGAUCUUCGCAGGAAAUAUCCUUCGACUAACGGAAAAGACACAAUUUUUGAAACUGGUAUUUCCUCUACUCAAGUAUUCCAUGAUUAUCUUUCAGAUAACACCUCACUCCAUAGUCUAUUUGAAAUGGACUUGAAUACGUCGACGAUAUUUAAAAGAAGAAACAUGAAGAACAGUAACAGCAAUAGCAAUGUAUACAUUCAAAAAAGUAUACCUUUACUAUCCAUAUCUGAAUAA